CAGAUUUACCCACGAAGGUUAUCUUGCUUACUUCUGAAGAGCAUGCUUUUAAUAUGCAAAUAUAUCCCUCUGACAUAAAUCAUAAGAUGCCUAUCACUAUUUUAAAAACAAAUAAUAUACAAGUACCCUCACCCUCCCCUUUCUCUAUCAAGCAGACAAUUUUGUAUGUAUACAGCAGGCAGCUAGCCCUCUUGGAGCGACAAUUAUUUACUGACGAAGAUAUUUGGACAAGUUUGCACAUGUCAAUCGGUGUGGAAAAAACAAACAGACUUGAAGAACUGACUGGCUGCAGUGAACAGACACUAGAAUCCACAUUAGAUACAUCACUGGUACCAAAAUUAUCUGUUAAAUGCUCCUUACUGGAGUCUGCAUUACCUACAACUUCUUUGCUCAGCACAAGAAAACUUGAAAAUCCUUCACUUAAUUUGCCUACAACAUUCAGGAAUUUUGUUGAUACCAUGUUACUUGGGGAACCUUUGUCUGCCACCACUCUCUCAACAUUGUUACCAUCAUCAAGGCCUCACAGUAUUUACCCCUCAUUGCCACUGACCUUAGCCACUUCCACGCUGACACAUGAGGCCGUCGACAGAGAAUCGCUCGCCACUCGUCUGACCCUUCGACCUCAUCAGAAGGAAACCCCCCUCUGGACUGGAUCUUACAGAGCCAGUCACACUGACUCAGAAAGUCAGUCCAUACUGAGCUCACAGGAGCAUUAUAAUGAUGCCCUGCUGAACUCCAGAUUAAAGACAAUACAGUCACCGCCAUCAUCAAACAAAAUACUAAUUACUCGACUGUCUCCAGAUGUGUCACCAACCUCAUAUUUAAUGACCAAGCAAUUAUCAACUCAGCACUCAGUCCAACAUCUGUCCAUAGCUCCAUCUGCGAUGAAUCAGGAUGUGAUGUCUCAGCUAAAUGAAACAAUUAAAGACAUGUCAUUAACCUCAUUAGCGGGUCAGCUGACAUUGUCUGGAAAAGCCGAAUUGGAGUCUUCGCUCUCUACGUCUCUGUUGGACAGUCUGAAGCCCUCAGUGACAACCUUUACGCCACCUUUACCUUCCAAGCUUGGCCUCUUAAGUGGACGACUUGAGACACCUAAUAUCACUGAUCCUGUAUUUAGUGAAGAGUCUCUAAAAGGAUCAUCAUCUCUGAUGCCACUGUUGCAGACUUUCUCCACAUCUUUUCUUCCUGAUAUUGACAUCUCCUCUUUGCAGUUUGCAGGCCAAGGUGUAACAGACUUACAGUCAAAAUCAGGCGCACAAUUGGGUUUUUUUCAAGAUAAACUAACACAGACAUUAAGUUCAGCCAUUUCAUUGGUUUCCCUAUUACAAACAUACCCCUGUUGGCCUCUGCAAAUGAGCCUUCCUUUAACUGAAAGCCAUCAAAUCAGUUCAGACAUAUUAACAUUGUUCAAAGACCAUUCCUUUGAAGUAAAAACAACACAAAGUCUAGCAUUGUACACAAUGUCCAAAGACAAGUCAACUCAUGAGAAAAUACAAUUCAUUCCAUCAGUGCAACAAACACUCCUUCAGUCAUUGCUGCUGAAGGAGUCACAGCAAACAAUCAGUGACUCUUUGAUAACUUCCAUUAAUAAAGAUUCAUCAGUUGUCCAAACUACAAGUCAGCAGACACUAGGCCCCAGUAUGACUGAUCCAGUUCCACUUUCAAUAUGUAAGAGCACUGGACUAGUGAGUGAGGACCAUUUUGAUCCAACUGCUCCCUCUACUGCUCAGGAACCAUACACUACAUCCUCCAUUCCUCAAAUGCAGAGUCUAGACCCUUCAUUUCAAUUUUAUGACAACUCCGUGGCAAAUGAUCUUGUGUAUGUCAGUGUUUGUAACCCACCAUCUAGCAGUACCUACCCCAAGAACACAGUGGAUAAAGUCCAUGUCUUUUUGACAAGUUAUUUGCAAGAUGAGAAGUACUGGACUGCUUUUUCUUCACAGUUUUUAAUGUUUGGCUCAAGUCGACAAUUCUUUCCAUCCCAGACUUUGGUGGAAUAUCUCUCACUGCAUCCAACCAGCCUCCUCACAGAAAUAAAUCACAAGACAGAUACUCAACAAGUGGAUGUUUCGGACACUCAUCCUCCUUUAGAGGGCAGUGGCUUCUCUGUAAUAACACACACAUCACUAGCACAGAGCACAUCUGCCCUCAACGGAAAUAGUUUCAGUUUAGAAAAUUCUUUGUUUAUCUGCCAAUCAUCUCCUAAAGACGACAGUGGGCCAAUCACAGAAGGACUCCCUAGUCUGCAGAUUCUAAGCACAUCUUAUGGGAUGUCAACCACAUUGUUAACAUCGGUACUGGCUAUGGCCAUUUCCUCAUCUACAACCCAGAGCUCAGUCCAGCCAUCACGCUCCUCAGCUUCUGUCUCAAGCUUUAUGAAUCUCCCCCCUAAGGUGUUACAGUCUAUUCCAGCGUUGAUGGCCACUGUUGGCUUUCCAUUCCAAUACUCAAUCCCUCCAAAAACCUUUCUAGACCCAGAAGAUGGUGAGGCGGAUGCUCUUUCCCUGGAGUUGAGGUUGAUUGACAGGCCUCCGGUCAGCGUUGGCUUCUGGUUGGCAAUGGACGGUCUGGAGCUUCAUGGUGUUCCUCUGGAGGUGGAUCUGCGGUUUGCUCCUCAGCAUCUCCUACUGGCUGCCAGAGACCGCCAGGGCCUGAGUACCUGGCUGCCUCUGACCCUGGAUCUGCAUCGCAGCCCUGUCCAACCCUGUCACAUUUUCACCCUGACAGCACAACGCAGCCUCCACUCUAUCCUCCGUCACCGCCACAGGGUGGAACUCUUACUGAGAAAACUAUCCAGCUUCUUCAACAGCUCUAGCACCCACCACCUUUCUAUAAUUUCCAUGGUGCCUGGGUCCAUCGUGGUGUCCUGGUACAACUACAGCUUGUGUGAGAUGAGCCAUGAUAGGAUAACACACUGUCAUGUUGACAAAAUACAGAGAAUGUGGUUGGCAAUGAGCUCUGUGGAUGGAAGAGUCAACCCUGGAUUUAGAGAAGCAAUGCUUCCAGAGUUCCCAAUCACUAAAGUUGGACAUGUGAGCUACAGACAUGACUGUCUCUUUACUACUCCUACUUCGACAUUUGGUGAGUUGACCCCUGCCGUCUACACUACACUGAAUCCAGGCACCAACACUUCUCUCAGUCCCACCUCCAAUACCUGUGUCUCUGCACCUGCAGCUACAACUUCCACAGCACGACAAAUAAACUCUUAUCAAUGGAUGGCCGAUAUGUUUACGGCUCUAUUUGUUGUCUGCCUCCUCAUCCUGAUAGUCAUCCUCAUUGCCGCAGUUCUUUAUUUCUGCAGAGGAAGGUCAAGGACAGUCGCUAUUUGGCCCGUAUGCAGGUUACUCUCAGUUCAAAGCAGGGAUCUGAGAGCCAUUAGACCAAGACUGCCUCCAGUUUUCCAACCUGAACUGCCCCCGCCACCACUUAGACUGUGGAUUAACAUUUCACAAAGCGACGAAGGGCCGCUUCCUUCAGCCUGUGAGCAACAAAGGAAGACUCUUGAUAAGGCACUACAGCCUCGACCUCCACAAGAUACUGGAUACUUUUCAAGUAUCUAACAAAAAAAGAAAAACUGUAUUUAACCUGUAUUGAAAAAGCAUGAUUUGUAAAGUGUAACAACACCUCAAUAUUCCAGUCCCACAGAAGUAAAUGGUGUCAAAUUGAGACAUUUUAAACAUGGAAAAUGUGGAACGCAUGUACACCAAUCGUAUUGGCAUUCUGCGCUUUGCAUUGAUUCUCAAAAUGUUUUCAAGCACCAUCAAAA